UCUGAACAGCUGUAUGGGGGAGGUGCAGGGGUGGGGGAUUGAUGGUAUAAAGGAGAAAACCGCCAUUCCCCUCCCCUGGUGGCCAUCACUGGAGACCAACACCAGCUUCCCCACCCUGGAGAAGGUCUAGAUUCCCAUUUUCCAGAUGAUGAAACUGAGACCCAAAGAGAGACAGUAACUUGCUCAGGGUCACCUCCAACAUGCAGAUCCCUGCCAUGAUGUCUCUGCUGCUUGUAUCCAUGGGCCUCCUGGAAGCACUUCAGGCCCAGAUCCACCCCAUCACACGACGAGAUCUCUUCUCUCGAGAAAUGCCCCUGGACAUGGCCCUGGCCUCCUUUGACGACCAGUAUGCUGGCUGUGCCGCAGCCAUGAUGGCUGCUCUCCCGGACCUCAACCGCACGGAGUUCCAGGCCAACAGAGUGUACGCUGAUGGCUGGGUGCAGGCAAGCAGCCAGUGGCAGGAGCGCCAGGCCUGGGGGCCAGAGUGGGGCCUCAGCCCUACCCAUCUGCCCCCGCCCCCUGGCUUCCGUGAUGAGCACGGGGUGGCCCUCCUGGCUUACACAGCCAACAGCCCCCUGCACAAGGAGUUCAACGCAGCCGUGCGAGAGGCUGGCCGCUCCCGGGUCCACUACCUCCACCACUUUUCCUUCAAGACACUCCACUUCCUGCUGACUGAGGCCCUGCAGCUGCUGGGCAGGGGCCAGCGUUCUCCCCAGUGCCGCCAGGUGUUCCGAGGGGUGCAUGGCCUGCGCUUCCGGCCAGCAGGGCCCGGGGCCACCGUCAGGCUGGGGGGCUUUGCCUCCGCGUCCCUGCAGAAUGUUGCAGCCCAGCAGUUUGGCGAGGACACCUUCUUUGGCAUCUGGACCUGCCUCGGGGCCCCUAUAAAGGGCUACUCCUUCUUCCCUGGGGAGGAGGAGGUGCUGAUCCCUCCCUUCGAGACCUUCCAGGUGAUCAAUGCCAGCAGACCAGCCCAGGGCCCUGCUCGCAUCUACCUCAGGGCUCUGGGCAAGCGCAGCACGUACAACUGUGAGUACAUCAAAGAGAAGCAAUGCAAGUCUGGGCCCUGCAGGCUGGGUAACUCAGCCAUGGGUCAGGGCCCCCUUUCUGCAGUUUGGUCCCUUCUACUGCUGCUUUGGUUCCUUGCGGGGGGAGCCUCUCCAGAGACUUCAGGCCUCCUCUGAUCCAUCAGCCACUGAACAUCUCCACCUGCUGCCUCUCCCCACCGUGAGGAUGUUGGCCACGUAUGUGCUUUAAGUGUGACCAAGAUUCAUGGUAACUCUAUCUGCAGGAAACUCUGGGACUUUCUCUGGCAGCUGGCAGGCCUGCUGAUGGGAAAAGGAGAAUGUGGGGACUGAGCCUCACCCAGGGCUCUAGGAGUAAGAUGCCGAAUAGAGGUGGGGGCACUGCAGGACAGGUAACCACUCACUUAGAGAUAAAAGAUUAAACUAGUGUGGAGGGGUGUGAUUGGGCAGGAAAGUACUUGGCCAUGGCAUUUGCUGAUGUUACUCAAAUGCCUCCGGUGUGCACCUGGACAUGUCCUAUUCGAUCCUCCAGGAAGCCUUCUUCUCUGGUCUCUCCACCCUGCUGGGUUAGGGGCCUUGCCUCUCUAUACCAUAUGCCUGUCUCCCACAUCUGACUAUGAGCUACCAGAGGGCAGGGACUGUAUCUGAGGCACAGAAGUGGUGCCAGAAAACGUGUGAAAGUCAGAAAGAAACAAAUACCUUGUGAAUGUGGGGCCCUGAACUACCCCCCUCCACCGUGGGCACUGGCAAGCUCUCUGGAUGUCACUGUGAGAAUGGGGUGGACUGGCUCUAACUGUAGAAGGCAGGGGGCAGGAGAAGAGCUGAGAGAGCUUUAGCUCCUCUGCUAGAGUCUCAAUCGAAUCUGUCAUUUUCUUGUCAGCAGUGAUGUAAUUUCUCCUCUGAUCCUUGAAUCCUAAGGCUCCUAAGAGGCUGGAACCUCAAAUUCCGCCACCAUAGGCCUGAGGAUAAAUCAGGACAUGGAGGAGGUACAAGGCACACACUUAUUUUAUUAUGAGUUGGGGCUUUGGGGCCAAUCCUUGUGUGGCCUCCUGCUCUGGAACUAGACCAGGAAUUCUAAAUCCCUUCCCUGAGCCCAUGGGCAGGGACAGGCAAGACCAAGUGUCUGUAACAGCAGCCACAGAGGAAGGAAGGGAGAAGGCCAUUCUGUUUGUCAUACCUGCAUUCUCUCCACUGAAAGCUCUAACACUCAGCACUGAAGUUCAGUUCUUCCCUCCAGGGCUGCACUUCGAUCUUGACCCUUUUUAGAGUUCUCCCACUGUAGGAAUCAGGAGAGCUGCAAGCUCUGGCUUUCCCUUAGAGGUUAGGUUACGAAGACAAUGAGUACUCCCUCUGAUUUGUGAAGUCAGUAGUACUGCAGAGAGACUGUCCCAGGCGCUGAGGCCCAGCGGAGAGAGACUGGGUGGCCCGAGGGCCAACCACCACCUGACUGUUCCAUUCCUGUCUGGAGGUGCUGUGGCUGCAGCAGACCAACUCACAGGGCCUGCACCAGCACCAGAAGGCUCAUGACCAGGGCCAUGGAGAAGAAGAUGCCCAGGAAGAAACGGUCCAUCACACGGGCCAAACGCUUCCAGUCCUCAUGGCGGUGCUGGGCAGCCCGGUGGCUGUGGAAGCUGUUGGCGAUGGUGGCUACGUGGUGCAGUAGGGCUUCCUGGCGGCACAGACAUCGUGGCUCAUGGCAAGGGCCUGCUGGGGGACCAGCCCCUCCAUCAGGAGGCUGGGGACUAGGGGGUGACUCAGGUGGUCUAGACUGCCCACAGGGCUCCCCUCGUUCCCUCACGCACAGGCCCCGUGCCAGGUGUCCCAGCAAGAGGGCCCGAGCCCAGGCUGGCACUGGGCGGGCACUGGGACCACAGUAAUGCAGGUUCAUGAUAAGGAUGGUGAGCGCUGUGGAGAAGGUGACCAUGGUCAUGGUGGCCAUGUAGUACUUUCCUGCAACAGAGAAAGGGAGCUGUGACCCAAAGCAAGAACUCAGGAGGCUUAAGCUCCCCAGGGGCCUGAGCGUAGGAGGAAUGGGCUCACCCCCCAUAAGACUCUCGGGAGCCUCCAAGCCCAAUGAUGGAAGUGGGAAGGAGGUAAGAACCAAGGGCUCCCCAUCCCGCAUUCCCUCAUGGGGUUCUCAGAGGCUACCUGCUCCCUAACUGCUGGGAGCUGGAUUCACCCACAAUCCUUGAAAGGCAUGCUCUUAAAUAGAACCGGCAAGACCUGAGGCAAAUUACAUAGAAUUUUCCUCAAACGUCUGUGGUGAUGCUUUGAUGAGCUAAUAAACGUCAAAUGUUUAGGAGA